UUUCCACUUUUUGUUUGUGUUGAUGGGUUGAAAAUAAAUGUUACUCAAGUCUGUGAUGGCAUUGUAGAUUGUCCGGAUUCUUCAGAUGAAUUAAAAAAGUUAUGCUAUCAUAUUGUGUGUCCUGUGACUUUGUACCGCUGUAACUAUGGUGCUUGUAUAUUAAAAUCACUACGAUGUGAUGGUUUUCAAGAUUGUAUUGAUGGUAGUGAUGAAAUUCAUUGUGGAGUACCUAAUGUUUGUGCGGAUCAAGAGUAUCAGUGUGUCAAAUCACUUGAGUGUAUUCCAAUUUCUCAAAAAUGCAACGGUUAUUUAGAUUGUGAGGACGGAAGUGAUGAGAAUUCGACGUCGUGCAAAGAUUUUUUGUGUCCAACUCACACAUACCAGUGUGAUUAUGGUGGCUGUAUUCAUCCAGAAACAAUUUGUGAUGGUACAAAUGAUUGUAUGGAUGGUAGUGAUGAAAAGUUGACAGUAUGUGCUGCAAUGAAAUGUAUUGGGGAUGCUUGUCUUGCUUAUAAAUGUCAAUUAAAUGAAUUCACUUGUCAAAGUGGUGGACAGUGUAUUCCUACAUCUAGUGUUUGUGAUGGAACUCAACAGUGCCGAGAUGCUUCGGAUGAAGACCCAAAAGUUUGUAAGAAUCAGCAAUGCCCAAGCGGGUUUUUCCAAUGCGAUUAUGGUGCAUGCAUUUCUGAUUCCCUAAUAUGUAAUCAAGAACCAAAUUGUCAUGAUUGGAGUGAUGAGUAUGUUUGUAACUCAAGUUUUCCUGACGGAGCAUGUCGUCUUCCUCCAGCCCAACCAGGUACUCACUACUCAGUUUCUCAGUAUCCUCAGGGUCGUCCCGGACAAAUAGUUCCUGAACUUACUAGAAUCGAUUUUUCGUGUGACGUCCUGGAAUCUUUAGAAGGAUCUUCUCAUGUGUAUUGUCAAAAUAAUAAAUGGGUUCCAUAUGUUCCUACUUGUUACUCUGAGUUUAAAAAAAUUACUUGUCCACCAUUAGAUGCACCUGCAACUAAAAAACGUUGUGAGGUUUUAUGGGGACCUAAACAAGGUUGGAUUUCAUGCAAUGAAUCUAUACCUGUUGGCACUCAUGUCACCUUAGAGUGUUCAGAAUUUUAUGAACGACAAUCAGGAGCUUUUCACACAACAUGUCUUCAUGAUGGUACUUGGAGUCAGCUUCCUUUACGAUGUCAGCCUAUCUGUGGAUUACGUGACGACACAGCAACUGCUUUGAUUGUCAAGGGUUGGGAAAUAUCCCCGGAGGAGAGUUUGCCUUGGCACGCGACGCUUUUCUCACAUGAAAAUGGGCACUGGAAAUUUUUUUGUGGUAGCUCGUUAAUUGGAGAGCGCGCUGUUUUAACAGCUGGCCAUUGUGUUUGGAAUACAAAUCCUGAGACGAUUCGCGUUAUUUUCUCUGGAUUUUCGAGUAAUUUUACUGUAGAUGAACAAAAUACAGAAACUCAAAUUCUUAAAGUAUCAGACAUAAAAAUACAGCAAAUGUAUCGAGAUCAUGAAGGAAAUUAUGGAUCAGAUCUUGCAAUUUUAAUUUUAAACGAACCAGUUAUCAUAACUCACAGUGUUAAGCCAGUUUGUUUAGAUUGGCGUACAGGAUCAGAUGUGUCUUUAAGAUCUGAAGAAAUAGGUUUAGUUACUGGAAUGGGAAUAACAGAAAAUGGUACAUUUAGUGAAAAGCUUCGUGUUACGACUGUCAAAAUAAUUUCAGAAAAUGAGUGCCGAGAGAGCCAGAAAAAAGAUUUUAGAAAAUACUUAACUUAUACAACUUUUUGUGCUGGCUGGAAGAACGGAACUGCAGUUUGUAAUGGAGAUAGUGGAGGUGGAUUAGUAUUACAACGACCCGAUGAAAAAUUAUGGGACUUACAUGGAGUUGUAUCGAUUAGCCCUCGUCGAUUAGGAACAAAUAUUUGCGAUCCAAAUUACUUCACAGUAUUUACAAAAGUUUCAUUGUACAGUUCUUGGAUUGAUAGUAUUUUAAAGAAUCUUGAUGUUAUAGGACCACUAGAUAAUAAUCAACUACCAAACACAGAUAUUAUUAUUGAAUAGAAUUUCAAUGCUCUUGAAUCUCACGAUUAAUAAAUCGCAGAAAAAUAGUGACAGCAGGUAUUUUUCCGGAUCAAAACAACUAUAUUACGUUUUUGUAGAUCAAAGUAUUUGAAAAGGUGAUACGUGUAUCAGAUAGAUAAUAA